CGCUUUGUGAGCACUUCCUCUUUCAAAACAUCAAACUUGAAAACUGGAGCUUAUUCGAAACUCGUUCAUUCGAUGACUGUUGAUUCGAUGAGCGUUCAUUCGAUGACGAUCAGAAGUAUUCCCUCGACUUCUAUUAAACGCGAUAAUGAAUGGAAGUUUCCUGCUUGAAGCUUUUGGUCGUAUUGCAAUCAGCUUCACAAGCGGCGUGACAGAGCAUUACAGCGCUGGUGAACCUGAAGUAGAGAUCUUUGGAUAUGACAAUACCUUUAGCAGAGAGGGUCGAGAGUGGAAUUGUCAUCCCGUUGAUAAACCCAUAUAUCAGGAAUAUUCACUGCCAUCGGACAACGAGUAUGAUCUCUUGUCAGUAGGUAAUUUUCGAGUUAAAUAUCGGCUCAUAGACGCGAGCUCACCAGAUGAGAGUAAAGACGAACAGCAAGAUGGAAAUGACGAUAUGGCUUGGAAGCGAUUCAGACCAUCCGCUCUUCGCACUGUUUGUCAAUCAAUGUACAUCGGCGCCUUGAUUUCACUGUUAACUCCUGCAAUCAUCGGCCUACUGAACAUCAUGAUUUCUUACCUCUCCUACGAAACCACACGCAACUGCGAAUUUCAGCCAAAGAAGACAAUCCCUGUUAAAAUACAGUGGAUCAGAACAUUGUCUGACGUAGUAGGUGUUGCCUUUCUUUACAUGUGGUUCUUUGUGGGAAUGCUCUUUCUUUUUCGACCUUAUCAGCUGAAGGGCGUCAAAAGGAAACUCACUCUUGUUGCUUUUGUCCUGUUUUGUGUAGAUACACUUUAUCGUGUUUUCCUUCAAGUCUUUCGAUUAUCUCAUUCGCAGCUUUCUGUGUCUCAGAAGAUUCCUCUCAACGUGUUAUUUGUAAGUAGUAUAUGUUGCCAAGUUUAUCUUGUAGCAAAUCACUUUCGGAACCUGUCGGGUAGAGCGAGUUUAUUUUUAAAACUGACGACAGCAAGCUGCUUCCCUUUCCUUCUUGCCAUCUUCAUAGCAUCGUUUAUUUAUCCAAUGUACAACAAACAAACUGAGCAUGGAAAACUCCUGAUUGCGUUCUUCUCGCCUCUCUUUGGAGCUAUCUUUAAGGUACUCUUACGACUUUGCAUUCAGCGCUUGAAGAGAAUUGCUCAUCCCGGAUAUUCGUUCAUCUUACUAUUGCCGUUGUAUUUUGGAUCAGCGGUCAUGUUUCGAGUAAUGCAGGCAGGACUUGACAAUCUCAAGUUCAUCGCUGUUCUAGGAAUACUCCACGGUGCGGUAGAAGUUCUGGAACGAAGCACAAUGGUCUUCAUCGAUCAUAUUUGUCAUGUGAUCUGGAAAAGACAGUCAAGUUCUUGGGGUAGUUUUCGCACUCCUCGCCGUGAGAGACUAAUGGCCGAUAUCACUAUUAUAAGCAUGCUCGGUGAAUCAACUGCUAUUGUGUCUGUAAACGGAUUUUUGUACUUAUAUCAAUUCAUUUACUUACAAAACAUUCCACUUUUAAAAGUUCUGCAGGAAUUUGUAAUUCAUACCUCAGUUGCGCUGGUUAUUGAGUGGUUUUUCACCAGCUUAUCUUUAGCCAUCGCGACUCGCUUUCAGAACAUAGCAGUUAUGGCCGUUUGGCGAAAAAUGUGGAAAAGACACAUUUUGGCUGCGAUGGCUAAUAUGGUUCCAGUGGCCAUCUGGACGACAGCAAAUCUCUUGAAAGUUGUUCAUGGGUUCUUUGAUGAGUUUAAAAGUCACCCUUGCAAGAUGCCCUUCACAUAGAAACUUAAUAUUGGCAGUCCUUUAGCCUUCCUUAUGUUAAUCGGCUUGUGGUGCUGGAAAUGGUUGACAUGUUACAUUUACCGGUUUGUUACGAAAACGUGACGUUGGAGAGAAGAAAGUAAACUCGCUCAGCCUGUGGAAGGCAAGAAAUCUUUCAUGCGACAGGGGACGUCAGAAAUCUUAUAGGCAACGAAAAGUUGUUAUCGGCGUACUGGCGGGGGUCUUGGCACGAAGCUUUCAAGGGCAUCAUCCUUCUUUUCAUACCUCAUUCUAAUAUGUACAUACCGUGUAGAUACAGAAACUGAGGUGCAUUUAUAAUUGUUGCGCAGCGAGCGUAACGAGCGAGCAGCGACUUAAUCAGGAAUUAAGAAAAUAUACAAAUUAAAGGGGAUCUGAAUUCUCGAACUCAUUACUUUUUACCAAUAUGCAUUGCACUUAGCCUGAGUGCACUACGCCACUUUAUACCAGAGUGCAUUACGGGUCGUAGGUCGUAUUUCGAAGCCUUCCAAAGAUUUGGAUGGCGUUUAGUGUAUUGCUCUACAUAGCGUUACUACUGUAAAGACAUUUACAGGAGACAUUUACACCAGACAGCCACUUGCUAAAAUCACAAUGGAUGGCAUAACUGUUAGACACUGUCAUUACUCCACAAUCUCCCGUUCGGAAUCUGGGUGUGAAGUUAGAUUCUAACCUAUCAAUGGGUGAUCUCAUAACGAAAACAAGCUCUGCAACAUUCUAUUAUUUGUAUAAUAUCAGGAGGAUAAGGAAGUACCUUAGCAAAAAAUGUACUGAAACUCUGAUACAUGCCUUUACUUCUAGCCGCCUUGACUAUUGUAAUAGCCUCUUAUACGGCUUACCAGCGUAUCAGAUUCAAAAACUGCAAAGAGACCAGAACUCUGCUGCACGUCUUGUAUAUGAAGAAAGUAAAUUUUGUCAUAUUACACCAUUGCUGAGAGCCCCACACUGGUUGCCUGUAGCAUAUCGAAUUGUUUUUAAAAUUUUAUUGUUAACUUUUAAGGCCAUUCACAAACUUGCUCCGACUUACAUUUCCGAUCUUGUAUCUCUGAAAGACACAGGGGGUAGGUACUAUCUUAGAUCAAAUGAUGGCUAACUUCUUAACAUUCCACCAUGCAAGUCUCUUUCCACGCUUGGUGAUCGAUCUUUUUACAUGGCUGCCCCUAAAUUAUGGAACGAUCUUCCCCUUUUUAUUAGAAAUAUAUCUUCAGUUAAUGCUUUCAAGAAGGCUCUUAAAACUCAUUUAUUCCAGAAGGCGUUUCCUAGCUAAUUUAUUGUUUUUAUUCUUUUCAUAAAGAAGGAUUUGUGUAUAAGACUUUAAAGAUUAAUUAGUUAU